AUGGAUUGGUCAAUGGACAUUGACGCAGUAUCUGCCUCUCAACCAAGUCGAAGGCAAAAGAAGCGGCCGGCAGCAGAUGCAAUUCCAAUCAUGGAGGCCCAACGUCGAUCCACUAGGGCCAACCGAGGUCAAGGUGGACAGAAUCUCCAACGAGAACAUAUUGAAGAAGCUCUCCUUGUGCCGAAGCGUCGUCGAGUGAGCUGUCAUACAUUUCCCGAAGGCCUAGACGACACAGAGAGGAUUGCUGAAAAUCCAAUGGCUCCACCACCAGCAAAGCGAAAGCACCGCCAGAAAAAAUCUAUUCUGGGACCUGUUACAGGCCAGGAGAUUCCAAACCCUCUAGUUACCCAUACUGUACCAGCACCAGUUCCCAUUCGGAUCCCUGCUGAUGACAGAGCGCUUGGCCCUCCGCCCGGGUUUGGAUUUCCUCCCGAAUUUCCUGCCUUGCGAAGCGCCCUCCCUUCGAGCUCAGUUCAUAUGUCACAGAUUGAUCCCUAUUUGAUAGGUCUUCAAGCAAUGCCUCAUCAUCGUCAACUCGCCACAUCUAGAGGACCUUCCCCUUCUACAACACUUCAGCCUCAACCUCAACCUCAACCUCAACCUCAACCUCAACCAGCCUAUUCAAGUAAUGGCAAAGAGGCACAGAGCCACGUUGACUCACUUCCUUCGACCUACGCUGCAAGAACUCCGGCAUAUAAUGCCGGUGCAUUUGUUCCUGCACCGUGCUCCAUACCUGUUCCAAUUCAGAGGCCGCCAAAUCUACCGGUGCAACCUGUGAACUCUAGGCAUACAGACGAAGACAGUGAAGCCUCGGAUGAUAGUAUCGAAGAGUUUAAUGAGGAUGACAAGGAUGACGAGGACGAGAUUGAGGGUGAGGACGAAAUUGAGGGUAAGGAUGAAAUUGAGGAUGAGGACGAGAUUGAGGAUGAGGAUACCGAAGAUCACCUUCAAGAUAUUGAGGAGAACCAGCAGGAAAUGGAGGGUUCAGAGUCUGAGGAUGAUGGUCGGAAAACGAACACUAAUAAUAACCAGCAGACGUGUGGAUCGCAACGCAGCCUCCAGCACUCUCAUCAAGCUUCAUAUACUGAUGCUGUGGUCACAGAACGUGGCGGUGGGGUUUUGCGUGAGAUAAUUACAUCCCAACUGGCACCUCAAACACGACAGCUGCAGCCCACCGAUAUACUUCACGAGCAUCAGCGCCGGAAUGGCACACCAAGAGUGCCAGAUGUCAAUCAACUUACCCAAGUCGCUACAAGGAUGUCGACACCAUCGGUAAUGCCUGUCGCAGGCAGAAUUUCUCAUUCAUCACUUCAAAUCAACACGCGCCAGCGCAAUCACCCACGCAAAAAAUCGGCCAUAGAUAUUGACCCUAGAGACUUGAAGAAACUCGGAUCCCUUCCAUCGCACUGGCGCUACGUAAUUGUUCAGGCUCGCCUAAGGCACCGUAAAUGGCUGGCAUCCAUCGACCCAUUCCCUGAAUACGAGACUUCUCUAAGGCAUUCGACGGCAUCUAUAUAUGAAGCGGUCGCAGAGUAUACCCAGAACUUCAGGGUACAGCUAUUGCCACCAGGUCAGCUGCUGGAUCACGAUAUGAUUAAAGGAGUUCAUGAGGAUGGGUCAACAUUCCGAGGUGAGCUCAAGCGUAUUGCACGCUUGAUUGUACAGACAUCCUACAAUCUCCUCUCUGCCUCCGACCUUGCUGAGAACUUGGACGCUGCCGGAUAUCAAGCUCGCAUUCGUGCGUGGGUUGUUGAGUUACUUACUGAUGGGAAGUUCAUGCAUGGCCCUUGCGACACAAAUGGCAUGAUCCUAAACCUCGGGCAUCCAGCAAUUAUGUUGUUGUGCCACACAUUCUUCUACUUCGACAAGAAAUCUUUGGGUAUCCUGUUUCCAGAAACAUACAAAGAUGUUGUUCCGGAUAGGACAAUGGCUCUACUAAUCUGUGUCAUCAAGAACUGUCUGGAGGAAUGGGAGGGCGGCAUACACAAGACUAUCGACUUCUCGAAAGAAGCAUAUGAAAAAGACUUCGGUGCAAUCGUAGGACUCAUUCAAACUUUGAAGGCCCACCUGACAUUCGGACCCACAUACCAGUGCAUGUGUCAGCGAUGGGCAACAAAGGGACUCGGCUCAACGGAAGUCUGGCCAAACCGACUAUGGACUCAAGCUAGACUUUGGCAUCCCUGGGCCACCGCUACCAUAUCAAUGAUUAAUUCUUUCUUCUCUAUGACAUCAUCCUUCCGCCCUGCCUAA